CGCAACUCUUUUUCUUCAAAAGAAAUUGCAGAAUAUGCCACUCGGAACCUCUAUAAAAUCUCUCCCCCUCAACAUCUUCUGUCGGAGUUGAGUAAGUAAACUAUUCAGUCUUCAAUGUCUUCAUUUCGCACCAUGGCUUUGUUUUCAGCAAAGGCACUUGCGCUUUUACACUUCUUAGUUAUAUGUACCGCUGAGGUUGAAGCUGUGAAUGCGGCCGGGCAGCUGCCGUACUUUCCGUCGGCUGAAGCCCCAGCACCGUCGCCGAAAGGUGGCCACCACCACCAUCACCAUCCCAGCCACCCUCCCACCCAACCGCCUGCUAAGCAGCCUCCCACUCACCCACCUGCUAAGCAGCCGCCCACUCAUCCACCGGUUAAUCCUCCAACUCACCCCCCAAGCUACCCUCCCACCAGGAAAUAUGUGGCUGUUCAAGGCGUUGUCUACUGCAAAUCUUGUCAGUUCAAGGGGAUUGACACUCUAAUGGGAGCCUCUCCUCUUCCUGGAGCGGCGGUGAAGCUUCAAUGCAACAACACCAAGUACCGCCUGGUGGAGCAAGUCACGGCCGACAAGAAUGGGUACUUCUUCAUAAUGCCAAAGAUACUGACAACAGCAGGAUCCCACAAGUGCAAGGUGUUUUUAGUCUCUUCACCCAAGGCUAAUUGCAGCGUCCCUACCAAUCUGCACGGCGGAGCUGGUGGCGCCAUUCUGAAACCCAGCACCAAACCACCAGUCACCGAUCGCCCGCUUCCCUUCCAGCUCUUCACAGUUGGGCCUUUCGCCUUUGAGCCCCACAAGAACGUGUCAUGCCAUUAUUGAUUAGUUGGUGUACUCUAUGUGGUUGUGUGUAAUUCUCAGCUUUGUUUUAGAAUCUUUAGGUAACAGUGCUUUGAACUCCGAUAUUACCGUCAGUUUGCAUUUGGUGGGAAUAAAGUGGUAUUAUUAAAAUUUUGUCAUAAAAUGAAUGAGAAAUGUGUGUUGUGAUUCGUA